UCAUGACGCUUCAUUUAGAAAGCGAAAGUUCAACAGUGCACGGCUUCAUUGAGCCUCUCACCCAUUAUCUCUUUAUAUUUGCUCAUUAAUGCGCUGAAGGCCUCGGGCUGAUCUACAGUCAUCAUUGUACCGGGUUUCCCCGUGUUUCCCGGAGCUCGAGUGUGUGUCUGCGGUGAGUUCCGUCCUCGUGAUUCUCCAGUCUGGUCAGAAACUCGUCUGCUUCUGGAAAGUGUUGACAGAAAUGCGCUCGAUCAUCGUCCUUCUGCUGCUCAAUCUGCUCACAGACUGCUCUGUGUCGAUCACCGUCAAGGUUCCUCCUGGUUUUGUAGUGGCUCAUGUGGGCUCCACAGUUAUUCUGCCCUGCUGGAUCUCUCCGGCCCAGAAUGCUGAAGCUAUGGAGAUCCGCUGGUACCGUCAAAAGCAGUUCAAAACCCCUGUACUUCUCUAUGAACAUGGCAGGAUACAAGACAAACAGGAGGAGUCCUUCAGGAACCGCAGCUCUCUGACACCACGCUCAGAUCAUUCUGGAGGACUGAAGGGUGGAGAUGUGUCUCUGCAGCUGGAGAAGAUCACCAUUCAGGAUGAAGGUCCAUUUCACUGCUACGUCAGUGGACACAGUGCAUAUGACAGUGCAGAGCUGGAGCUCAAAGUCACAGCUCCAGGAUCUGCUCCUGUCCUCUUCCCCAGGGCUCUGGAUGACGGCCGGCUGAACGUCAGCUGUAGCUCCAGCGGCUGGUACCCCGAGCCAAACAUCACGUGGACAUCAGACCAGGGAAAGACUCUGCGUCCUGCAGGAGUGUCUCUCCAUCGGGCAGCAGACGGGUUAUUCUCUGUCCACAGCUGGACCACCGUCUCUCCAUCAGACGCUCAGCUGGUCUCCUGCUCUGUGUCCACCACAACUGGAGAGUCCAAAGAGGGAAAUAUGGACAUACAGGGCUUUAUCUCCUCAGACCCAUGGAAGCCUCUGUUUAUCACCUUCACCCUUCUUUUCUGUGCUCUUCUGGGUGUUGCUGGACUUAUCCUCUACAAAUACAGAGGCAAACUAACAGGUCGUACACACAGUGGUCAAGCAGGAGCAAAACAGUAUCACAAGGGUAAUCCAGUAGACGAGGUCAAAAUCCAGACUGUGAGAAUGGACCUGUGGAGGAGAGAAAAGGUGUGA